GCCGAUGCUUCUUGUCGUGGGAACAGUUAUCGAGAGCAGCCCGACACAGAAGAAUACGAGAAGGGCAAUCCGAGAGAAAAUUGGCCGGCAAAUUCCUCCGGUAAGCGCGAAUCGCCAAGAUAUGAAGAUCAUCUCUCUCAUAAAAUCAAUCAAACACAAACCACAUCUUCUCCAACUCCACUCCUUCCUUCUCUGCUCCUCUCAUUUCUUAAACCCCACCGUUUUCCUCGCUUUCCUCUCCCGCCUCUCGCUGCUCGAUUUAUCCUACUCCGGCAGAGUCUUCUCCGCCUUCCCAGAGCCCAACAUCUCCCUCUACAACACCCUAAUCAGGGCCCAUUCCUUCCGCCGCGAUUCAUCCCGCAGAGGCUUCCAAUUCUACCAUGAAUUGCUUCACUCCGGCAUUUCACCAAACGCGUUGUCAGCAACCGCCGCCAUCAAGUGUUGCGCGAAGAUGGAGUCCUUGAGAAGCGGGACGCAGGUCCAUGGAAGGAUUUGGAGAGACGGGUACUUAUCUGAUUCGCUUUUGCAGACAACGUUGAUGGAUUUCUACUCAUCUCUGGAGAAGGGCGAUGACGCCUGCAAAGUGUUCGACGAAAUGCCUGACCCAGACGUUGUCGCUUGGAACGUCUUGAUCUCUUGCUACACUCGCAACGGGCGAACCCGCGAUGCCUUGGCUUUGUUUGACGAGAUGAGAAGUUCGAAUUCAUGUAUCCCUGAUGACGUCACUUGCUUGCUGAUGCUUCAAGCUUGCGGCAGCUUGAAUUCGUUGGAAUGGGGCGAGAAAGUUCAUGACUUUAUCUUAGAACACGGCUUGAUCGGUUCGAGAAGAGUCUCCAACUCCCUCAUAACGAUGUACUCCCGCUGCGGGUGCGUCGAGAAAGCGUUCGAGGUGUUUCGCCGCUCGGCUGAUCAGAGAGACGUCGUGUCGUGGACUGCGAUGAUCUCGGGACUAGCAAGCAACGGCUAUGGCAGGGACGCCGUCGAGGCGUUUGAACGGAUGCAGCGCGAAGGGGUCUCGCCGGGGGAGCAGACGUUUACGGCCCUGUUAUCCGCGUGCAGCCACUCGGGGCUGGUGGACGAGGGCCGGAUGUAUUUCCAAGCCAUGGGGCGCGAUUUUGGCAUCACGCCUAAUGUCCACCACUACGGGUGUAUGGUGGAUCUCCUCGGCCGCGCAGGGCUGCUGGACGAGGCCUACGGCCUCGUCCGUUCGAUGAGGAUCAAGCCCGACGCUACAAUGUGGAGGACGUUGCUCGGAGCGUGUAGGAUCCAUGGCAAUGUUGGCCUCGGGGAGCAAGUAAUCGAGCAUCUCGUUGAACUUAAGGCUCAAGAAGCCGGGGACUACGUGCUCCUUCUCAACAUAUACUCGUCGUGUGGGGAUUCGGACAAGGUGAUGGAAGUUAGGAAAGCUAUGAAGGAUAAAGGGAUUCACACGACGCCUGCCUCUAGCACGAUCGAGUUGAAGGGUAAGGUGCACGAGUUCUUCGCGGACGAUGUUUUGCAUCCGCGGAAGAGGGAGAUCUACGAGAUGCUCGGAGAGAUCAUCCAGCAGCUGAGGAUUGGUGGUUAUGUGGCUGAGAUAUCCUCGGAGAUGCAAAGGGCUGAAUCAGGGAGCGAGGCGUAUGUCUUGUCCUACCAUAGUGAGAAACUCGCGGCUGCUUUCGGGAUUCUCUCUACGCCCCCCGGGACUAUGUUGAGGAUUGCGAAAGACCUGAGGAUAUGUGUGGAUUGUCACAACUUUUUCAAGAUUCUGUCUUCGGUGUACAACCGGAGAGUGGUGAUCAGGGAUCGCGCUCGUUUUCAUCAUUUUGGAGACGGGGUUUGCUCUUGCAACGACUAUUGGUAAUGGGCUGUGUCUGAGAUUUCGGAGGGGACUAUAACGGAAUGCGGGCGAGGUUCAUCAGUGAGGCUCACAAAGUUAAGCACGCCCGGGUGGAGAGAAGGCCGGAGCGCCUUGAGCUGUCGCGACAAGGCUAGCCGAUUUUCGGGUGGACAGUGAUAGUUGCAUUUAAAGAUCUAAUUGCAACUGAAGUUGUCGUUCAGCUCACUCUGUUCAUCAACUUCUUGUUUGUUAUGUAUUUUGAAUUGAGAGAUGCAGAAUCAUCAUACACAAUCAAAUAUGCAAAAAAUUCUUACUUGGAGUUUCUACUUAAUUAGUUAAGGGCUUCAUUCGUCCACAAUUAUGAGUC